AUGAAACCCGCCGGCCGGAAAAUCAUCGGUGGUGGCGGAAGCACCGGCGGCCUCUCCAUCCUCGGCAUCCUCGUCUUCAUCUUCGUCUUCGCCAUGUUCAUCUACGGCGAAGACAUCCGGGCCAUCGCCAACCUCUCCUUCUUCUCCUCCUCCGAAUCAGCUGAAAUUAAAAUAGUGUUAGCUUUAAAGGAUGUGAGUGAGAAAUGUAUAAUAUUUUUAUUUUUUUCCACUGCAAGAUUUAAUGGCAGGCUGCUUCUGGAGAGGCUGCGGGGGAAGCGGCUGAUGUUCGUCGGCGAUUCAUUGAAUCGGAACCAGUGGGAGUCCAUGGUCUGUUUACUAUACUCCGCCGUGCCGGACGGCGAGAAAUCUCACGCCUGCAACGCCUCCCUCAUCAUAUAUCGAAUCAAAGAAUACAACGCGACGGUAGAGUUCUACUGGGCUCCGUUUCUGGUAGAAUCCAACUCCGACGAUCCACUGGCUCACAGCAUCACAGAUCGGAUCGUAAUGGCCGAUUCAAUCGAGAAGCAUUCGCAGCACUGGAAAGGAGUUGAUUACUUGGUAUUUAAUACGUAUAUUUGGUGGAUGAACACAGCUAAGAUGAAAGUCCUACGUGGAUCGUUCGAUGAGGGGUCGAAACUGUAUGAUGAGAUCGAACGGGUGACGGCGUACGAGAGGGUGUUGAGGACGUGGGCUCGGUGGGUGGAGGCUAACGUGGAUUCGGAGAAAACCUCCGUUUUCUUCAAUAGCAUGUCCCCUCUUCAUAUAAGGCCGGUCGAUUGGGGUAAUCCUGGCGGGAUUAAAUGUUCAAAGGAGAAGCUGCCGAUACUGGAUCGGAUCGGUCCAAUUAAUGUGGGCACAGAUUGGCGAAUGCAUGUGGUGGCAGCCAACCUGACCCAAUCAGUCCGCGGGCCGGCGGUGGGCUUUCUAGAUAUCACCGGGCUGUCAGAAUAUCGAAAGGAUGCGCACACGUCGGUGCACACUAUUCGACAGGGAAAGAUUUUAUCGCCGGAGCAGAAGGCCGAACCGUUAGUAUACGCUGAUUGCAUACAUUGGUGUCUACCGGGUCUGCCUGAUACCUGGAAUGAGCUACUCUAUGCCCGAAUUGUGUCGAGCCCAUGGCGUGGAUGAAGUUGGCCCGACCCGAGCUUGAUCGGGUCGGACGCACGUGCUAUUUUGCUUCUUCCAAUUUAUAUUUUGAUUAAUGCCAAUAUUUGUUUUUUUUUAUGUUUUACUUGUUUGUUGAUUUUUUUUUUUUAAUUAAAUUUUGAAGUGCAUAAUUUUAAGAGGUGGGGGACAAGUGGGUUGGUUGACUUGAGUGUAGGAUGGAGCUAAUGGAAGGUCAAGAUGGCCCUAUAUUGUAUAGCUUUGAUUUGUAAAUGGAGAAGAAAAGUUGUGGGAAUUUUAGUUUA